AUGCCGUGGUCCUUCGUCCUCCCGCAGGCGAUCUUCGCCUCGCCACUACUUGCAACUUUAACGCCCGUCGCGACGGGCUCAACAAUAGGCUACCUCGUAAACCGCUACGGCACAAAACCCAAGUACCAUGCCCUCAAGCAACCGCCAGCCUCACCACCCUCAUGGCUCUUUCCGCCAGUCUGGACUCUCCUCUACGGGCUAACUGGUUACGCCUCCUACCACUUCACGGUGAACACUCUGGAACCAGACACCACCAUCACGCAGACGCUGUACACCGCUCAGUUAUUCCUCAACCACCUCUGGAUGCCGCUCUUCUUUGCAGCGAGGAAGCCAAUCCUGGCCGCAGGGGAUAUUGUUCUUCUUGGUGGGACAGUGGCUACGCUCAUGAGGGAGUUGUGGGGGUCCGACAGAGUGAGCUUUUGGCUCUUUGCACCGUAUGCGGCUUGGCUGGGAUAUGCGACGUACCUGAAUUUUGGAACGGGGAUUUUGAAUAAUUGGAGGAUUCCUGAUGUCCCAGAGGAGAGGAAGAGGAGAAAUGAAUAA